UAAAUACAGAAAUGAAUAAGAUGCUAAAUUGCCAUUUUUCUUGGCAGCUGUAAACAAAAGCUUGGCAAGCAGUCUCAUUACAGCACAGAAGCUUGGAAAGAAAACCUUUGAUUUUUAAGUAUCCUGUGAUUUUCAUGUCAACGUUGUACGUUGGGAAGUGCUGAGGAGGAGACUCUGGAUGUUUUCACUCUUGAUUGUGUCAGUGCUACAUACAGAGACUGGGAGCUGGAAAUAAAAAAAACAACUUUGAUACUGCAAAUGCUUGGACAGGAUUCUAACAACACAUGCUCAAGCCUGCAAACACAAGAAGAGCCAGACUGGGAGCAUUACACAACCUCCGGGCACUAUAAAUUCUGGAUUUCCCUCUUCUCCAUCUCUUCACGGCCCUUCACUCCUCCUCGUGGUGGAACCUCUACCCAGCUUCAGCCAUGAGGAUCCUUCAGCUGAUCUUUGCAGUCAUUGUCAUUCUCCUCCUACAGGAUGUUCCCGCAAGAGGCCUUUCAGACAGCCAGCAGUGCAGAAGCAACCACGGCCACUGCCGGAGGCUUUGCUUCCACACGGAGCGCUGGGAAGGGAGCUGCGCCAACGGCCGCCUGCGCUGCUGCCGAUGAGACCCGCCACGCUGGGACAGACCCCAGCACCUCAUGGAGACCAGCCCUGGAUCUGCUCUUGGACACCGCCAGAACUACACCCACAGCUUGUUUUUUCCUGCACCAAUAAAUAUGUUUGGUUUAUA